CGUCAUCGGAGAAGGGACCAAACAGAACAGUCCAUCAGCUUUCAGCCCAUCCUAGACUUAGAUAACGGCGAAUAUAGCUGUAUGGUACAGGCUGAAGAUGGUCAACAUUUUAAUGCGACUUUCAUACUGAACGCGACGGAAUGCCGACCAAACUAUCAUGGCGAGGCUUGCAGCCAAGCGUGUGACUGUCUGUAUGGAGGGACAUGUGACAGGUGGGAGGGUUGUCUGUGUCCCCCGGGACGUCACUCAUGGAGACAGAUGUGAGCUCAAAUGCGCACCUGGCAGUUUUGGCUUAAACUGCAGCAUGAAGUGUAACUGUGACAACAACGCCUCGUGUGAUCCAGUUAAUGGUAGCUGUAUUUGUGCUGAAGGACAGUCGGAUGACUUCUGUGAGAACAUCUCCGUUCCUGAUAAGAAUCAAGUUCUUGUUGUUGUAUUAGUGUCCGUUAUCCCGACCAUUGCGAUGAUCGGUUGUAUCGUGACCGGUAUCGUGGUAAAACAGAGACACAGGCGUUCAAGAACACCGGAACGCCAAACCGUUAACUUAGAGAUGACGUCCAUUAUAGAAACACUUUCGUCAUGGGAAAUAGGAAAAGACGACAUUCGUUUCGAACACAUGAUCGGCGAGGGAGAGUUCGGCCAUGUCGUACGGGGAAGACUGCGCGUGCCCGAAGGUUACCAGGUUUUGGUGGCCGCUAAAAGUAUCCGGCCUGACCGCAUGACAGCGUCGACUGUCCGUGACUUUCGCCGCGAGAUGGACAUCCUCGCCAGGAUACACGAGGACAAAGACGUGCACCCGAACGUGGUGAAGUUUUAUGGCGUUAUGACUAAGUCUGACCCUCAAUAUAUCCUUGUGGAGUACGCGAGCAAUGAAGAACUGCGGCGGUACCUGUGGAGUUUGCGUGAACUGUACAAGACCACGGGGAAUGGGAGACUGUUAGAGCGGCUGGGUUUUGCUUGUGACGUGGCCUGUGGAUUAUCAGAGCUGACACGUCUGAAGAUCGUCCACAGGGACAUCGCAGCCCGUAACGUCGUCAUCAGCGACAGGAAGGUGGCCAAGAUUGCGGAUUUCGGACUGUCGCGUGACGUUUACACGUCGUCGGCGUACAAACGCACCAACCAGGGCGGGGAGGAGGAGCUGUUGCCGCUGAAGUGGAUGGCGCUGGAGUCGUUACGGGACGGGGUGUACACGUGCGAGAGUGACGUGUGGUCGUACGGCGUGCUGCUGUGGGAGAUCGCCAGCUUUGGGGAGGAGCCGCGCUAUGCUGGGGGUCCUAUGCACCCGGAUGUUUGCACACUGCUGGAACUACUGAAGAAAGGAGUCCGUCUGCAACAGCCGGAGAACUGUCCGAUGUCUGUGUACCGCAUCAUCAGGUCCUGUUGGAUAGUCAACCCACUGAAGCGGCCGACACCUGAUGAACUAUUCCGGAGGAUAGACCAAAUGAGGCCACAAAGACAUGCUGCCCACCUGACCAAUCACAACAUUUGAUAAUCGAUUUCAGAACAAUGGUCAGUGACCACAGAGGCGUGCUAAGUGACCAUAGAGCCCCGUACGACGGUGAUUAAGAAUCCUCUUGGGUGAUUGCUCACAAUGUCCCUUCUACCUUCUCGGAACUUAGUAAGAGUGACUUACUAGUCUGGUAUCCUAGACAUUAGUGUAUAAAGACAUACUGCGCCCUAUUACACAUGCAAAUCUAUUUUACAAGCGCUUUCGUCUCAGGGCCAAGGACAGAAGAAACUCUGCCAGCUGAAUGUGAGAUUUCAGUACCAGGGCGAGGAACAGAGGAACAUCGCUUCCUCUCACCGAACCAGCAGUGACAGCACUCCUUCUCGCACUUGAACCAGAGAGCCCAGGGACGUUCAGGAGUACUAUCGUGACCACGAGUAUAGCCGCUUUCACUGUCAUGACCAGGAGAAGGAACAAUAUCUUGACUAGAAGCACAAACAGCUGAGACAGAGGGUUGCUGACGUUUUGCGGCUUGCGGUGCUGGCUGGUUACCUUUACCUGGUAACUUUUUCAGAAGCAUUGCGUACUGACAGCAAUCUGACAUUUCUCGAGUUCAAAUGUUGUGUGAAAAAUAUGUUUAGAUUAUAUACCACUGUUGAGGUCUAUAGGCGUUUGUCUGGCGCUCGCCGCGCUCUUUUGGCGCUCAUCGUGCUCUCAUAGCGCUCAACCAGCAGCUGCUGCGCCGCGUGCCUGCGAAGCUGGUGUGUUACGCCGAAGGGCGGUUAUACCGGCUAUAUAGAUACAGGUACAGAUACAGAUCAUUGUUGCAUCGCCAUCCACGGCGCUCCCUCUUCGCUCUCGCCGCGCUGUCAUGGUGACCCCACCCACGGUCAAAUUUGCUAUCGCAGCGAGAGCGCCGUGAGAGCUCUAUCCUAUUUGAUUUGGGGUAUAAAGUAAAUGACAAUGAUUGUCUCAGUUGAAAGGUAACAAAUGUUGCUGAAUCUGGCGACACGGA